AUGAGUCGUAGUCGGCACAGCGAGCGACGAGAGAGUCGCCACGAGCGGCGGAAGGAGAGUCGCUACAGUGUAAAGAAGCACAAACAUCACAGCAGCAGCGGCAGCAGCUCUCGCCAUCGUCAUGCUGUCAGUAUCGAAAAGCUCCCAGUGCCGCGCGACUUUCACUGCCAUAUUUGCGGCAAGACGCACUGGACGGUGCACUGUGAUCGAUUGCAGCGACAUCCACAGAACUACCCGCUAAUGCACGCCGAGCGGGGGUGCCACCAGUGCGGUCAGCAGGGUCACUCAGUUUCGCAGUGUCGCAUCAAAAAAUACCUGUGUCGUGACUGUGGUGGUAUGCACGACACUCGCGACUGCGUUUUUGCUCACAUUGGUGAGGACUGGUACGAGUUCUUUGAUCUCAAGACUCGCCAUGUGUACUACGCCAACUCUGAUGAGUCUCAGGUUCAAUGGAACCCGCCAACACACGAACUUGACACUGUCUACUGGUACUGCAGCCGGUGCCAAGUAAUGAUCUCCACCAAGUUCCGUGAGUGUCUUCUGUGUCACUCCAUCCGCCCCGAGUCGAAACAGCAGGAGAUGCUCACAACGGACUCUGACUCGGAAAGUAGCAGCUCCAGUGGUAGCAGCAGCACCGAUACCAGUGGUAGCAGCUCCAGGAGUAGCACCUCCAGGAGUAACAGCAGCUCCGAUCGUAGCAGCGAUGCUGAUGAUGACGAGCAAAACAACUCUGGAAAACCUCGCAAUGCCGGUCUUUAG